CCGUGCCUUGCGCGGAGCCUGCGAGCAGCGAGACGCGGCGGGCGCCAUUUCGGGGAGCAGCCGCCGGUGCUAGAGCCGGGGCCCAGCCCGGGUCCGGGGACCGCCCGCCACGGUCGCGCUGCCCCUCGCCGCCUGCCACCCUGGGGCCGGCCGAGCGGCGCCGUCCAUCUGAGGUUUAGACGCCUGGAGAGGGGCUCCUGAGUCCUCGGGCCCAUCCCCCACCGUCAGCGCAGCCAACGCCGGGACCGGGAGCUGCCGCUGCCGCCGCUGGACCUCGGGCGCCCGAGCGAGGACAGCACCCGGCCGCGGCGCAGGUGUCCUGAAAAAUGGCUGAUGAUAUUGAUAUUGAAGCAAUGCUUGAAGCUCCUUACAAGAAGACUUGCCUAACGAUAUCUCACCUCUACUCCCAUGAAUUCACCUUUGAUUCCAGUGUGAACUGUCAAUCAUAAGGUAUGGAAAUAGGGAAUGUUUAGGCUGGACUGGUGGAUUAUUGAUGACUUUCUUGGGAGUCGACGUUACUAAAGCAGUGUGAAUCCCUGUUUGCUUCAGGGCGAGAUGUGUGACAGAGGUGACAUCAAGCUCUUACAACCCUUCAACGAAAAUGAGCGAAGAUCUCGGGAAUGGCAUCGGUCACAGGAAAUCCAUAGUGGCUGGCUGCUAGCAUAGCCACUGGGGCUUAGGCAGAGAUAUAGCCUUGGUACUGAUCAAAGGGGCACACAAACCUGAAACUUCCUCUUACAUUUUAUAGAAAUAACAUUUAACCACUUGAGUGCUGAAUUCUGCAGGAUAACUUGCUCUCUAAAGCAUGAUGAGAACAAAUUGAGCAGUGCCAAUGGCCAUGAAGAACGCAGCAAGAAGAGAAAAAAGAGCAAGAGCCGAAGUCGAAGCCAUGACAGGAAGAGGAGCAGAAGUAAGGAACGCAAACGGAGCCGAGAUCGGGAAAGGAAAAAGAGCAGAAGCCGGGAAAGGAAACGGAGCAGAAGCAAAGAACGCAGACGCAGCCGUUCUAGAAGUAGAGACCGCAGAUUCAGAGGCCGCUAUAGAAGUCCCUAUGUUAUACAGGGCCAUAUUUCCCUUGCUUUAACCUGGCCAGCACGGUUUUGGAUCUUGUCCCACUACUUCCACCUGUGUCAUGACAUGUUUAAAAGCAUCCUCCUCGUUGUGGAUGCUGAGUUUAACGAUAAGCAUUACUGCUCCACUGAGUAGCAAGAAGAUGUUUAUCAGACAAAUUGGUUGGCUAAAUGGAUUUAGUGAAAGAGUACUUAAUGUCUUCAGAAUGCUGUGUCUUUCAGGGUGUUUUCACAUCAAUUUAUAGCCACAGCAGAAAGAAUCAAUUCUGUGCAGAUGGAAAGACAAACCCCCUAGCAUUCAGUCUGUGCAGCAGUGCCUCUGCCGUUCGGUGGAUAUACAGGAAGAACGCUAACAGUUCUGGUCCAAAAUUCAACAGUGCCAUCAGAGGGAAGAUUGGUCUGCCUCACAGCAUCAAGUUAAGCAGACGACGCUCCAGAAGCAAAAGUCCCUUCAGAAAAGACAAGAGCCCUGUUAGAGAACCUAUUGAUAAUCUUACCCCUGAAGAGAGGGAUGCUCGAACAGUAUUCUGCAUGCAGCUUGCUGCAAGAAUUCGACCGAGAGACCUGGAAGAAUUUUUCUCAACAGUAGGGAAGGUUCGUGAUGUGCGAAUGAUUUCGGAUAGAAAUUCCAGGCGUUCAAAAGGAAUUGCUUAUGUAGAAUUUGUUGAUGUUAGUUCAGUGCCUCUGGCAAUAGGACUAACUGGACAGAGAGUCUUGGGUGUACCAAUCAUAGUACAAGCAUCACAGGCAGAGAAAAACAGAGCAGCAGCAAUGGCAAAUAAUCUGCAGAAGGGCAGUGCUGGUCCUAUGAGGCUCUAUGUGGGAUCAUUACACUUCAACAUAACUGAAGAUAUGCUUCGAGGAAUUUUUGAGCCGUUUGGCAGGAUUGAAAGCAUUCAGCUGAUGAUGGAUAGUGAAACUGGACGCUCAAAAGGAUAUGGAUUUAUUACGUUCUCAGACUCUGAGUGUGCCAAAAAGGCGUUGGAACAACUGAAUGGAUUUGAGCUCGCUGGUAGGCCAAUGAAAGUUGGACAUGUAACUGAGCGCACUGAUGCUUCCAGUGCUAGUUCGUUUUUGGACAGUGAUGAGUUGGAACGGACUGGAAUUGACUUGGGAACAACUGGUCGCCUUCAGUUGAUGGCAAGACUUGCAGAAGGUACUGGUUUGCAGAUUCCCCCGGCUGCGCAGCAGGCUCUGCAGAUGAGCGGAUCUUUGGCAUUUGGAGCUGUGGCAGAUUUGCAAACAAGACUAUCUCAGCAGAAUGAAGUUCUGGCUGCAGCUGCUUCUGUACAACCACUUGCAACACAGUGCUUCCAGCUUUCCAACAUGUUUAAUCCUCAAACUGAAGAAGAAGCUGGCUGGGAUACAGAAAUUAAGGAUGAUGUGAUUGAGGAAUGUAACAAACAUGGAGGAGUUAUUCACAUCUAUGUAGACAAAAACUCAGCUCAGGGCAAUGUGUAUGUCAAAUGUCCUUCAAUUGCUGCUGCCAUUGCAGCUGUAAAUGCAUUGCAUGGGAGGUGGUUUGCAGGUAAAAUGAUUACAGCAGCGUAUGUACCUCUUCCAACGUACCAUAGCCUUUUCCCAGAUUCUAUGACUGCAACCCAACUACUGGUUCCUGUUCGACGAUGAAGAUGGAUGUAGUCAGUUUUGUACAUAGUUAUUUUUUGGAGGAAGAUUGAGUUAUCUUUUAUUUAGAUAAAACUAAAGGAAAGGAUUUAAUGUCAUUUUGUGUACACUUCCUGCUACCUUUACAAAUAAAAUGAAGUAAGCAGAAAUGCAGUGUGUUCAUUCUCCCUAACUAGCAUUUCCACUGUAUACAAAGCUGUUGACUUCUUGUUCUGCCUUGUAAUUCUUGUACAUUUACUAAGGUGAUCUGUAGGAACUGAGAAGUAGCUCAUAGAAAACAAAAUCUCUGUAAAAGGCAGAUGGGACAUAAUGAUAUUUUUAAUGUUUCAAAAGCCUUUCUUUUAAUGCAGCAAUUACAUUUUACAUUUCACUAAAUGUAGGUGAUCUGCUAAAGGUUAAUAUCAGAGAUAGACUUUAUGAAGGGACAUAUUUAGUGUUUUGUAUAAAUGGAAAAUUCAAAAGGCUACUGAAAGCUGACUCUAGACAGCCACUCAGCUUGCUUUGUGCUGAAUAAUUGGUAAGAAUAGGAGGAUUGAAGGGUUUUAUUUCUUGAUGGUAACUUUUGAUUAAUGUAUCUGUAAAAGUUUCUUUGUAAAUACUGUGUGAGGUGUGUCUAAGUUUCCAAACAAAACGAUCUCUGCAUUUCCAGAUAAGUUUCUAUGUAUGCAGUGUGGCACAGUUGAAGGAUUUCAAGUCUGAAAAUUGGUAGGAAAUACAGAAACGUGUUUUGUUCUGGUUGCAUAUAAUCUUUGCUCUUUUUAAGCUCUGUGAGCUCUGAAAUAUAUUUUUGGGUUACUUCAGUGUGUUUGACAAGACAGCUUGAUAUUUCUAUCAAAGACUUUCAUAUUGCAACAAUCUUUGUAAGAACCACUCAAAUAAAAUUCUCUUAAAAAGGC